AUGGACGGGGACGAGCUCAUCGCCUCGGUCUACCGCAAGAUCGAGCGGGAGAAAGCCCUUAUCGCCGCUGCGUCGAAUAUGCGACAGUCAACCGAUAAUCCUCUGGUGCAACAACGAGUCGAUGCGAAUAUUCGAGAUGGCCGCAAGAACAUCGCUUAUCUGGAAGAGAAGAUGAAAGAGCUGCAGCUGCGGCAGAUGGAGCGAGAAUCCGGUUCACCCACCGAUAAACGGCUGCCACCGAACCCUGAAGAUGGCCCUGCCCCUCCGCCGAAAGAUCCUUUGGGGUAUGGUGAUCCUACGCAGCACCCGCAGCCUGGGGCCGGAUCUAUGCCGUCGGGUGCUCCUUUCAAGGAUCCCCGACCUUUCGCGCCUGUGCCCAAGGCCCGUCCGAAUUAUACUAAACUCGACCUGAUUAAAUAUGAUACCCCAUACCUUGGACCAAAAAUCCAGCUUAUGUUAUCCCAGCUUGAGUUCAAGCUGAGUGUCGAGAAACAAUACAAAGCAGGCAUUGAGAAGAUGGUCCGAUUGUACCAGGACGAAGGCGAUAGAAAGAGUCGCACAGAUGCCGAGGGCCGACGAAUUGAGAGUAACCAGAAGAUUCAGCUUCUAAAGCAGGCUCUCAAGCGAUACGAAGAUCUCCAUGUUGAUAUUGAGUCGACGGAUACUCCUGAUGAUGAAAGUUUAAGCGCCCCGAAUCUGCGCAAGCCGCUAACCGGUCUUCUGACAAUGCGAAUUCAAGCCGUUCAGGACGUUGAUCAUGCGACUAGCUCAAGAUUUUCCAGGGGUCCCGAGACGUUUGUUAUCGUGAAAGUCGAGGAUACUAUAAAGGCCAGAACAAAGGCAACCAGGUCCGACAGGUGGCAGGAUGAGACAUUCAAUCUCGACAUAGACAAGGCAAACGAGGUCGAGCUUACCGUAUACGACAAAGCUGGUGACAGGCCCACUCCUAUUGGUAUGCUGUGGUUACGAAUUUCCGACAUCGCGGAAGAGAUGCGUCGAAAGAAGAUCGAAACCGAAAUAAAUGCUUCCGGUUGGGUUUCGGCGGAUAAGAUGGGCCCUGGAAUUGGUCCUGGGCAAACCACCCCUGCUGCACCGGUCGGUUCAUCCCAGUAUGGAGCCUCAGCAGGCUAUAGCAACCCUGGACCUGAAGGCCAAACGGGCGCUACUGGUGGACCGCUGAUGAUUGACGCAUGGUUUGCCCUGGAGCCAGUGGGCAGAAUCCAUAUAUCAAUGAGCUUUGCCAAGCACUCGAAGGACCGACGACCGUUCGACAUCGGUCUCAACCGUCAAGGUGCGGUCCGACAGAGGAAGGAGGAAGUACACGAGAAGCAAGGUCACAAGUUCGUCACGCAGCAAUUCUACAACAUCAUGCGUUGCGCGCUUUGCGGCGAUUUCUUGAAAUACGCUGCUGGAAUGCAAUGUUCCGACUGCAAGUAUACCUGCCACCGAAAGUGCUACCCCAAAGUUGUCACGAAAUGUAUUAGCAAGGCGAACUACGAGACGGAUCCCGACGAGGAGAAGAUCAACCACCGCAUCCCGCAUCGCUUUGAAGGGUUUUCCAACAUUUCCGCUAAUUGGUGUUGCCAUUGCGGAUAUUUACUGCCUUUCGGUCGAAAAAAUGCCAAGCGCUGUUCAGAGUGUGGUCUUACCUGUCAUGCGCACUGUACGCAUCUCGUACCUGAUUUCUGUGGUAUGUCCAUGGAGGCAGCGAACCAGAUCCUAGAGACCCUUAUCCGCCACAAAAACCACAACAAGUCUCCUUCCGUCAGCUCUGGAUUGAGUGGGAAGACGCUUCGACCUGGCGGCUCUCAAGAUGCAGGUCAUGCAUACCCAAAGCCUGUGGAAAGCCCAUCAUCCUAUGGCCAGCGACCACCGUCUGCCGAAGCAGUGAGUGCCGCGGCGACUUCAUAUAUCCCACCACCACAAUCGCCUACUUCUCAACGACAACCAUUACCCCCACGAACUUCUUCGUCAAGUCCUGCCGCUGCCGCUGCCGCCGUGGCGACAGGACGUAUGCCUGAUGCAGGCCGACCUGUUCAGCCCCCGGCCCAUGCUCAUUACGACCCUGCUGCAUACGCAUCUUACCAGCAAGGCGCUAUGCAGCAAGGUUACCCGCCAGCCCAGGCAAUGCAGAAGGUCAAUGCGCCAGCGCAGUACGGCAUGCAUGCGCCCCCACCGCCGCAGCAACAGCAACAGCAAAUGCAGGCAAUGCAACAGCAAGUGGCUGCGAAAGAAGAUAUUCCCCAGCAACCGAAGGUCAGGAUUGGCCUGGACCACUUCAACUUCCUUGCUGUUCUAGGAAAGGGUAACUUUGGUAAGGUCAUGUUGGCCGAGACCAAGGCUACCAAGAAACUAUAUGCCAUCAAGGUUUUGAAGAAGGAGUUUAUCAUUGAGAAUGACGAAGUUGAGAGCACGAAAUCCGAAAAGCGAGUCUUCCUGAUCGCCAACAAAGAGCGCCACCCGUUCCUUCUCAACCUCCACGCCUGUUUCCAAACGGAAACUCGCGUUUACUUUGUUAUGGAGUAUAUCAGUGGUGGAGAUCUCAUGCUGCACAUCCAGAGGGGUCAGUUCGGUCUGAAGAGAGCGCAGUUCUAUGCGGCGGAAGUGUUACUGGCUCUGAAAUACUUCCACGAGAAUGGCGUUAUCUACCGUGAUUUGAAACUUGACAACAUCCUACUAACUCUCGAUGGCCAUAUUAAGAUUGGUGAUUAUGGUCUCUGCAAGGAGAACAUGUGGUAUGGAUCUACUACAAGCACCUUCUGUGGUACUCCAGAAUUCAUGGCUCCUGAAAUUCUCCUUGACAAGAAGUACGGCAGGGCCGUUGAUUGGUGGGCUUUUGGUGUUCUUAUCUAUCAGAUGCUUCUGCAGCAGUCUCCAUUCCGUGGAGAGGACGAAGACGAGAUCUACGAUGCCAUUCUUGCGGAUGAACCUCUCUACCCCAUUCACAUGCCUAGAGACUCAGUUUCUAUCCUGCAGAAGCUGUUGACGCGCGAGCCCGAACUGAGGCUCGGUUCCGGCCCCACGGAUGCGCAAGAAGUUAUGUCCCACGCCUUUUUCCGAAACAUCAACUGGGAUGACAUCUACCAUAAGCGCGUGCCGCCACCGUUCAUGCCUACUAUCAGCAGCGCCACGGAUACUAGCAACUUCGACCAAGAGUUUACCAGCGUCACUCCUGUGCUAACUCCAGUGCAAUCAGUUCUUUCCCAAGCGAUGCAAGAAGAGUUCCGUGGUUUCUCGUACACCGCGGAUUUUGCUUAGUCCAAACGUUCCCACUAGCGAGACGUUCAAACUUGGAUUUACGUCAGAUUCGGGCUUCUUGGUUCUGACGGUUGCUUCCCGCCUUUUGCACUGAAAUUUGAGUCAUUACACAUACAUAUCCAUAAGAGUUUUGACAACAGGGGCGAGUGGACUCAAGGGCCAGAUUGACAUAAAAGGGUGGGUGUGAGCUGGGGAAGGUUCAGUUAUUCCACGGUCGUCUGUCCUUGUAACGGAUCGUUUAAUUCCGCAUUCAAGGAAUGUAAUUGUGCUUCGCUAUCUUGGACCAAGUACUUAACUAAUAAUGCUGCAUGGCCUAAUGGGAGAAGUUAGUUUUUUGCUCCUUCUGAAACGCGGCAAUCGCAUCAACUAGCUGCUGCCGUUGCCAUUGAUAGGAAUCGAUUCGAGUCGUCCUCAGGUUGUUUAACUUGAAUCUGUAUAGACUCCAGUGACAAUUAUUAUCUGCCCACCAUUUAGUCAAUCUUUACCUUUGU